GCUUCUGGAUUUUAGUCCUGCGACAUCAUGUUGAAUGCACAACUACGAUGAUUUCGGUUUCAUUUCCCAUGGUCAUAUUGUUGGUUUGUCGAUAAAUGCGGCCCACAUCGAAUAUCCCCCCUUCAUGCUCUCAAACUCCAAUGUCUGCCUCGACUUCGAAGAUCCCUAGAAAACGUCAUGACUUGCUUGAAUCAGGCCUUGCAUGCCUGGUGUGCCGCCACAGGAAAACUAAAUGCGACGGUGUAAGGCCGAUGUGUGGCCGAUGUCUUAGGCUUGGGAAGCCAUGCGAGUAUGCAGAGGGAACUCCUAGGGCCAGAGUCAGAAAGCUACAAGAAACGAUAGACAGCUUGGAGAGCGAAAUAGCUGCACUCAAAUCUAUUCAAGGUUCAGGAGGCAUUGAAACCUAUUCAAACUUACGAAGCGCUCGGCCAGCCAUUUUGCCUCAGCUCAAGUGGAUGCAGGAGCUCCAUGCCCCCAACGCAUCCCAUGUCCCCGAGACCAUACCCAUAUUCCCUAUAUCGACUCUUUCCUCUAAUAUUUCACUCGCAUCUACAGAAGAUCAAUCAUUUUAUCAUCCAGGAGAGGCUUACCCAAGAGUUAUCACCCGUGUGGCAGUAGAACGCGCUCUGGCGAAUUGGGACAUUCGGACGGAAAUGCCACACCAACUCAAAGAUUAUCUUCUUCGCAUCUUUUUGGCUCACCGUUUCCAAUUCCAUUUUGGACCGCUUGUUGCAACGCUGCUCAAAGGCAUGCCUUCCUCCCCUACCAGUGGGAAAACCUUUCACCCCUCCCUUUUGAAUUCAAUGUACCUUCUUGCUUGUCAUGUUGGUGGGGGCUCCAUGUCUUCCCACGAGCCCUUCUUCGUAGCUCGAACGCGCUCGGAUCUAGAGGUAUCACUGGCUUUCGUUGAUCGUCUUGUGGACUUCCUCCUCGCUUCGACUCUGCUUGGAGUUUACUUCACCCGCAAUCGUCGAUAUCCCGAAGCUUAUACAACCUUAUCCGGUGCCAUUCGAUUCGCUAUCGCCUGCGGGCUGCAACCAUUGACUGCAGCCCAGCGUCAAAGUGGCAGCGCAGGCUUACUGUCUCUUCCCAGAAACGAUCUCGAGAUGAUUGAACAGAGGCACGCCUGGUUCGCGUUGAACGUGGCGGAUCGCAUACUCACAAGAGAAUCAGGACUGCCCAGCUCAUUGCCUGAGGAUGCGCUUGCCGAAAUCCAUAGAUCUGCAUGUGGCAUCGGCUUCCAGGAUUUGCCCAUCAAUGCCUUGCAAGCCUCCAACUCCAAUUGGAUUCAUCAUUGGGCCUCACCUAAUAUAUUUCUCAAUUUUGGCAUAUUCGACCUCAGUAGAGAAACAGAUCAUGUUUGUCUCAGAGCCAGGAUGGAAUUGCUUUUCGAGGGCAUACGGCUCUUCCGUACGCACAAUAGGCGAUGCUCAAACUAACUCCUCAUGCGUUCCAUUCCGGAAAGUAUUCAAUUUUUUCGAGGCAUCUCUCUUUGAAUGUCAAAAAACGAUGCCAUCAUUGAAUAGUAACUUUGACCUUGUCAGUGG